AUGAACGGCGAAAUUGACCAAAAAUGCAUCAACGAAAUUCGUAUGCUGUCGGCGGAGCUGCCGCUGAAAGCCAACAGUGGGCACCAGGGAGCGCCCAUCGGGUGUGCGCCCAUAGCGCACAUUUUGUGGGCCUAUGUAAUGAACUACUACAAUGAGGAUACCAAGUGGAUGAACCGGGAUAGGUUUGUCCUCUCCAACGGACAUGCUAGUGCUCUCUUGUACACCAUGCUGUAUUUAACCAAGCAAGGACUAACCAUGGAAGAUUUGAAGAACUUCAGGCAGUUGGAAAGUCUAACCCCAGGUCACCCAGAGAAACACAUCACCAAAGGGGUGGAAGUAACAACCGGACCGUUGGGACAAGGAGCUUCAAACGCAGUUGGGAUGGCCAUCUGUGCACAUAACUUAGCUGAAAAAUAUAACACAAAGGAAUUUCCCAUUUUUGAUAAUUAUAUAUAUGCCAUGUGUGGUAGAUUAAUCCUUUUAUAUGAUGACAAUAAAAUAACCAUUGAUGGGAACACAGAGUUAUCCUUCACAGAAAAUAUAGAAAAAAAAUUUGAAGCUUUAAAAUGGGAAGUUAGAAAAGUAGCCAAUGGGAAUACCGACUUUGAAGGAAUAUUGACACAAAUUGAGGAAGCGAAAAAGAACACCAAACAGCCGUCUUUAAUUAUCGUGCAGACUGCAUGUGGGUAUGGGACCAAGGUAGAGGGGACAUGUAAGUCUCACGGAUUGGCAUUAAAAGAAGAAGAUUUAAAAAAAGCGAAACUAUUUUUUGGGUUGGAUCCAGAGAAACAGUUCCACAUUUCGGAGGAAGUAAAAAAGUUCUAUGAAAAUAUUGUACAGAAAAAAAAAGAAAAUUAUCUCAAGUGGAAAAAAAUGUUUUGCGAUUUUACAGUGCAGUACCCUGAGAAGGCACAAGAAAUUAUGAGGAGAUUCUCUAAGGAGCUUCCCCACAAUUGGGUCGAAGUGUUACCUAAGUAUACUACUUUGGAUGCACCUGGGGCGACUAGAAAUCUAUCCGGGGUUGCCCUAAACUGCAUUAAUAAGGUCCUACCCGAGUUGAUAGGCGGGAGUGCAGACUUGACAGAGUCUAAUUGCACCGCCUUGAAAGAAGAAAAAGAUAUCUGCAGAGAUUCCUUUGCAAAUAAAUACAUACGGUAUGGGGUAAGGGAACAUGGGAUGGUAGCCAUCACCAAUGGGAUAUAUGCCUAUGGAGGAUUCGAACCCUUUUGUGCAACUUUUCUAAAUUUCUAUACCUACGCAUUUGGUGCUUUAAGAUUAGCCGCAUUAUCCCAGUAUCACAUUUUUUGUAUAGCGACCCAUGACUCAGUCGAAUUGGGAGAAGAUGGACCGACUCAUCAACCGGUUGAAGUGUUGGCCUUACUUAGAGCGACUCCUAAUUUGAAUGUGAUUAGGCCAGCUGACGGGAAUGAAGUCUCAGGUGCGUAUUUGUGUCACUUUACGAACCCAAAAACUCCCACCCUUGUUGCCCUCUGUAGAAAUAAAGUACCUCACUUGAAGAACACCUCGGCAGAACAGGUCCUAAAGGGGGCCUACGUUUUGGAAGACUUCGACAACGCUAAUGAUAAGCAGAAGGUCAUUUUGGCUGGAUGUGGUUCGGAGCUCCAUCUCUGCUUCGAUGCGAAGAAGAUUCUAACCGAGCAGCACAAUUUAAACGUACGCAUUGUCAGUUUCCCUUCGUGGAAUUUAUUCAGGCAGCAGUCGGAGGACUACCAACAGUCGGUGAUGAUGCACCACGACGCAAAGGUUGUUAGAUUUUACAUAGAGCCUGCUUCCACCUACGGCUUCGACACCUACUUUAAUGUCUACCUGGGUAUUAACCAGUUUGGGUACUCUGCCCCGAAGAACAAAAUAUGGGAGCACUUAGGCUUCACCUCGGAGAAUAUCGUUUGUAAGGUGCUGGCCUAUAUAAAGGCGAAGAUGCACCCAUAG